AUGGAAGCCCUCCCGCAACUACCUGUCCCUCACGGACAGCUUGCUCGUUACAUUUCCGAGAACACCAACAAGUCCAUGAUCGAGAUCAUGGAGCCUUAUCGCAAGUAUGAAGCAGGACUUCGUGGUGUCUUCGCGCAGGACCGCCAAAACCCUGCUCUGAAUGACCCGCACAUAAACGUCCUGCCUCUCUUCACGGAUGAUACCAGCCGCAUCACCACGCGGGCUCGAGAUCUCGCUUCUGAGUCUGAAGACGAAAAGUCCAAGUACAUUAUGGCACUUCCUGACGAACAGCGCCGAGCCCAUGGUUCUCCCGCCACUGUUGGCAGCAUUGGUGAGUUCCAGAAGAACUUUAAUAUCUUCUCUGAGUCCUCCCUGUCGGAGCUCGACUGGAGCAACGUUGUUGCAGCUGGCUCUUCUGUCAUCAAUUGUCUCUUGCCUGUUCCCGAGGCUUUCAAUGUGAACAAGCGCAAGCUCCGCGAAUACUACCACGAAAAGUUCUGCCCCGCAUCAGACGUGGAUCUGUUCCUCUACGGGCUUACUCACGAUCAAGCCAUUGAGAAAAUCAAGAAGAUUGAACAAGCCAUUCGCGAUGCUAUUCUUAGCGAGGUCACAGUGGUGCGCACAAAGUAUGCCAUCACGAUUGCCAGUCAAUACCCCGUCCGCCAUGUUCAGAUUGUUCUGCGUGUUUACAAGUCAGUCAGUGAAAUUUUGACUGGCUUCGAUAUUGACGCGGCGGGAGGAGCGUAUGAUGGCAAGCAAGUCUAUGUGACGCCUCGUGCGCUUGGGAGCUUCGUCACCCAGGUCAAUCACGUCGAUUUAAGUCGUCGAAGCCCCUCCUACGAGAAUCGUCUUUCGAAAUAUUCCCACCGAAAUUUCGAGGUCUAUUGGGCAGACCUGGACCGCAAGCGAGUUGAUCCGACUAUUUUUGAAAGAAGCUUUCAGCGAACCCUUGGUUUGGCUCGUCUUCUGGUUCUUGAGCGGCUGCCCACCAGCUCGGCAAGAGAGACCUAUCAGAACAAAAGACGUCAGGAAAGAGGCAGACCCCAAAUUUACCGUCAAAACUUUCGUCUAUUCGGAAACAUCAAAGGCAACCAUGAGGAUGAAGUCGCCGAUUGGCUUUCGGAGGAAGACGUCAGCAACUACCAUACCUUCACGGUACCGUAUGGAGAAAAAUUCCAUGCCAAACGCAUCGAGAAGCUUUGCUACACCAGAGAUCUACUUCUAAAUGCAGAAUGGAAUCAAUCCAAGGACCGCAAUGUUUACCUGCAUCGGCACCCCGCAUUCUUUGGUCGAGUUGAGGAUGUGAUUGAAGAUUGUUGCGGCAGCUGUCCGGUACCUGUCACGUCAGAGGAGAUUGAAGUUGCUGAAAAGGAAAAGGAGAUCUACAUUUCUGGCAAGGUCUCGUUCAUGAUUGAUGACCCUGGCCGACAGCAAAUUGGUUCCUUCAACCCAUUGACAGAGCAAGAUUGGACUGACAUGGCGUACGUGGGUAAUACUGCGCGACUAUGCCAGUCAAUUGUUGAUGGCGAUCUGGAAGAUGUCUUGAACUGGUUGUCGCAAGAAGACGCCGACCCAAAUCAACGAGACUAUACGGGUAGAUCGCCUCUUCAUCUGGCUGCUACCUCAUCCACUCCUGAAGUUGUCAAAUGUCUCGUUGAUCAUGGAGCGCGCUUGACUGCUCGACUAGCGGACGGGAAGACAGCUCUUCAUCUUGCCGCGGCUCGCGGCAAUUCCGAAAUAGUCAAGACACUGAUGGAAAAGAGUAUCAGCAAUGAGGAAGAGGAAAACGACAAGCAAGACAGAAAGCGACGAGCGGAGAAAUCCGAGUCGCAGCAAACAACUACCGCCAAAAGCGAGACCCAAACAACGACCAAAGAAUCGGAGAACCACGGCGAGAAAUCUGAGAGCGAAGAUGAGGAUUCGGACGUUGAGAUGGUUGAGGCUCCAGAGACCACCAUCGAUGUGGUCUCUGUAGCUACCGGCUCCUUUGUCAAAGUCAAAGAUAGUACCAAUGACAGUGAAGAUCGCAUUCCCGAAGAGUCCGAGGAUGAGCCAGACUACUACCAUAUCGACCUUUUGGCGUGGGAUAUCCCCUGCUCUCCUCUUCAUCUGGCUAUCGCUGAGGGUCAUGAGCAUAUUGUCGAACUCCUUUGCGAUUACGGCGCCGAUUCUAUUCUCCCUGUUAAAUUUUUGAACUACGAGAACGCUGCCAUUCUCACUCUUGUGCUUGCUUUAUCUCUGCCACCUGAAAAGGCAAAGUCCAUGGCGGGAUUGUUGCUGAGGCUUGGAGCCAUGUGCUCGCAAGCUGAAGGCAGCGGAUGCACCGCCUUCCAUCGUUAUCUGAAGAGUGGAAAAUCUGAAAUGAUAGACUUGCUUCUGACCAACGACAAAGCUGCCGCGAAAGCUGCAGUCAACCAUCUAUUGAUGUCGGGGUAUUCUUGGAACAUGAAUGUGGAGGCCCCGCUCCAGGUCGCUAUUGAGAAUGGCGACAGCAUCAUGGCAAUGAAACUUCUCGAUAUCGGCGCACGGCCCGAGAUUGACUUUGAUACAUGGCUAAAGGCUUCUCAAGUCUCUACUGAUAUGAACUUUUCGAGCAACAACCUAGAGGAGAACAAAAAGACUUUCAAGAGAAAUGUUGAGCAACCUUUGCUCUGUGCAGUGAGAGCAGCAAGCGCCGAUGUCGCUCUUCGAUUGAUCGAAGGCGGAGCGAGCGUUAAUAGCCUUACGCCAAAUUCAGAAAAACUGCUGGAGAAUACUUAUAUGAGGUCCUACAACAAGGGAGAAUCGAUUCUCGACGUUCUUCGCUUCAUCAUCGAGAAGCUGCAGAAGCCCGAGGAGAAGAUCUCGUCAUCUCUGGAGAAGCCCAAGUUGCUCCCUGGGAUGGACGAAUAUUUGGCCAAGCUUACACCCGGCUCAUAUCUUCAUACACUUGUGUCAUAUGACAUCAAUAACAAGAAGAAGAAAUUUGAGGCAAGUCUCAAAAACUACGAGGAGCAGUCCAACAAAAUCGAUGCCCGCGGCGGUGCCGACGAGAAGCAAGAGGCUAUAGAUUCAGCAAUUUCCGAGCUGCAAAAGAUCGAGAAAGCAAUGAUCGAUGCUGGAGCAAAAACAUUCGCUGAAUUGCACCCCGACGUUGAAACAGCCAAGGAGAAUAAUCGCAACCGAUUUUAUGACGCAACUGAGAAAGAAAAGGAUCCAGUCUACAAUUUCGAUCUGUGGUUCCACAACGACCGCAACAUGACAGACAGUAGACGACAAGGAUACAUCAAUUUAAUGGAGGCAGCAUGGCAAGGCGAUAUCAGCAAGAUCAAAUCCUUGACGCUUCAGCCGUGGGGACCCGAUCAGGACCAACCACCUCUUAUGGCCGAUAUUCGCGAUAAUCACAACCACACGCCACUUUCUUUUGCUUUCCUGAGAGGCCAUUAUGGCACUGCAAAGGCGGUACUCGAAAUCAUUCAAGCGCAGUGGACCCCGCGGGAAGAAGACGAAGUCCGAUAUAAGAUGGAGGACGACAAUGAUGGCGAAGACGACGACGAAUACAGCGAUAAUGAAGAAGAUGACUCCUCUGAUGGUAAUUCAGACAGGCAUGUUCGGAUAGUAUCAGAGAAGGUGGACAAGAAGUACACGAUUGACAACAUUGGCGAAGUCUCUAUGCAGGUCAAGUCGCAUACUAAGCCUGCUGAACGGCUCAUGGCUGGACACCGGGUAUGGACACUCGAUAAUGGUGUGUUUAAAGAUGGCGAGGUCUAUGGCACUCUUUUCGCACAUGUCAUCAAGCACGAUGACAUGGUUGGUCUGAAAGAGCUGUUGGAUAUGGCGCAGCAAUUUUCCGAAGCUCCCAAGGCAGGCGACGAGGAAAGAAAGUCAACUUUCACAUUCAAUGACAAUGACUUCAUCUUGGCUGUCAAGUCGGGAAAUACUCAGGCACUUCGCCAGAUCAUCAAAAAGACAGGUGCGGGAGUGCCACUAGACAGCCUUGUCAAGAAGAGUGGUGUCGAGGUAAAGCAGAAGCCUAGAUAUUACCAAGGCUUGACUGUGUAUGGCAAAAAGAGAAAGGAUUGGGCAACCGCCGGGCGCAACAUGGUGAUUCGAACAUCUGGCGUUCAAACGCCACCGCUCCUGCACGCUGCCCUAGGCGGACGGCUUGAAUGUGUUGAGUUUUUCCUGAGCGAUGUUCCGCAUCGACUCUAUGGCGAAUUCUCGAAGACGAAGCAAGCGAAGGAGGACUCACGGUUUAAGCACCUCAUGGACGCCCCAGGCGGAUUCAACCGAGCAAUCUCGAAAUGGCUUGGUGCCGACAACGAACUUGUGCUUCACUGUGCUGUUAUGGCGAAUCCCGGGACUGAGUCUAACGAGCUUGUGGAGUAUUUGGUCGAGACUUGUCCUGCUUCUUUGGAGAAGAAAGCUGCAGGUGGAUGCACACCACUGAUGAUUGCCUGCCAGCUUGGGCGAGUCGGGUUCGCCAAGAUACUAAUAGCAGCUGGUGCUGACCAGUCUACAAAGAACGACAAGGGCGAAAACAUUGUUCAUGCAGUUGUUGAGCCGGACAGCCCUGUCUGUCGCACCAGAACCUUGCUCAACCUCUUGGACUCUGAUCUUCGCAGGCAUUUGUUCCAGCAGCGCAGAAAUCUCAAAGAGAACGGCACAACGCCGCUGCAUUCCUGGAUCCAGGGCUGCUCGAAUCACAAAUACAAUUCAGCGUCAGCCAAGAAGAUUGUCGCCAUGCUCAAGCUCAUCCUGGAGUAUUCCAAUGGCGAGGAACUGGACAUGCUAAACGGAGCAGGUGACACGUGCUUGCACAGUGCCAUCUCUCAGGGUCAAUUAGCCAUCAUUCGCUGCCUCGUCGAUUUCCGGCCACAGCUACUGUACCGUGAAAAUGCAGUGGGCAGAACCCCCGCGGAGCUUGCCAACGACCAGCUGGCGACGCACAUCUUCCAGAACCCCAACGAUCGACGCUCGUACCACAACGGCGAUCCAAAGAGCAGCGCCCUGGCGUUGAAAGAACGAGACCAGAGCGAAUUUAUACUUGACAAGCUCUCCCAGGACGACUUGCUCAAGAAAAAGGCAGAGGACAUGUACCAGGCGUCGGGUCUCGGGGAUGUGUACACGCCGCACCAGCUGGCGCGCAUUCUCGGCGCCAUGGGCCUCGACAACCCCAAGGACUGGGAUCGCAACGAUCUGCAGACGCCAGGCCUGGAGAAGCGAGUGAUGUGGGAUCUGUGCAACGUGGCCAUGCGCAAGCACGCCGGCAAGCGUCGCCUCGUGAGCCUCAACGAGGCCAACGAUGUGGCGCGGCGCCUGAGCGAGAGCGACGUGACGUCGCGCUACUUUAGCGUCAACAGCCGCAACGUCGAGGAUGACGAGGAAGAGGACAAGGACGAGGACGAGAGCAAGAAGCUGUCGGAUUUUGUGCAAGAAUCGCUGCAUCGCGCCGGCAAGUGGCUCAUCCAGGAACGUGAUCGGGCUGCAGAGAAGGCGAUCCCCAAGUGUGCCCACUGCAAGAAUCACCACACCGACGAAGAGUAG